CCUUUUAUAUUUUUUUUUUGGUAAAGAGAGAAAAGGAAGCCUUGGACGACAAGGACGGCCAACAGCAUCAACAAAGCGGCCAAGCUCCAGCGCUACCUACCUACUCUCUAGGCGGCCCUUUCAAAUUCAUACCUGUACCUACUAUUACAGGCUCUCUCUGCGUUACCACCCACCAGGCCCACGGAGAGUCCGAGGAACCCUGCCUGCAUCUGCAGUCUGCUGGUACUAUUUUGUUCCUAUUUUCCUAUACACUUGCAGCGGCCUUCGGGGGUUGACCCGGUGGGUACAUUGCGCAAUUCUAGACGCUGUUCGAUGGAGGCCAAGCCUCGCUACGAGGCCAGCGAUACGGCCCGCGACACCACCGACGUGCCCCUUGGCGCGCAAGGCCGCCUGGAGGAGAGCCCUGCGGAUAUGGACGCCCCUCAGUUGUUGCUUUCGUCCCUGUCAUGUGCGCCUCUUGAGGGGGGCUCUGGGCCCAUUGAGGCCGUCGCAGGAGAGGGCCUGGCAAGCGAGCAGAGCUCAAAUACGGAGCCUGCCGCUCAGCAAGGACGGCAGGACUUACAAGGACGGCUUCCUGCAUCGCUUAGCAGCAACAACAACGCCACGACGACAACAGAUCUCGAGAUUGCUUGCGAGCCUUUGAAAGCUGUAACCCUAACCCCCAUCGAAAUGUCCACGUCAGAACCAGUUGCCAUAGAAGAGCCAGAUCAGGCUGCGGAACCACAGUCGCAAGACGACGAUUCAAAGGUCUCUGGC